AAGAUAUGGAAGAUUUCGUCAAAAAGAACAAAAUCCCCUUGCUUGUAGGAGCAGGAGCUCUCACUGCCCUCGGUCUGUAUAAGAUACUCUGCAGUAAGGGUGGAAGAUGCGGCAAGAACGCCCUCGGAUUUACUGAAGACCCCAAAUUCACUGAAAACGUUCCUUUGUACAAAGAAGAAGCAAUCCUCAGAAAGAAGGUCAUCUCUAAUGUUUCUUAUGACCUUGUGCUGGCCUUAAGGAAGGGAGAAAACUUUGAUGGACAGAUCUUAGUUACCUUUGACGUCAACAACGAAGAGUUUGGUGAAGAAGAACUUUUCAUUGACUACCAAGGUUUAGGAAUCAAAGAUUUGAUCAUCAAUGAAACUUCAGUUGAUGAGGGAGAUGCUUUCAAUGGACAGAGAAUCAAACUCAGAAGAAGCCUCUUGAAGCUUGGAGAGACUAACACUUUAUCCGUAGUAUUCAAAUCAAAGUACAACAAAGAUGGAACUGGAGCUCAUCAUUUUAAAGAUCCAGAGGAUGAAAAUGAAUACGUCUAUACUCAGUUUGAAGCCUUCCACUGUCACAGAGCUUUUCCAGCUUUCGACCAGCCAGAUCUCAGAGCUGCUCUUACGUUAAGAACCCUCUCCCCAGAAGACUGGAACGUCAUCUCUAAUGGACUCGAACAAGGCCUUGUCGAUCCAGCCGAUGCUGCAGAUAUUCUUGAAGGCGUAUCCAAAGACAUCAUCGAUCCUUACGAUGGCCACUACAAAGCCCAGAAGUACAAUCCUACUCCAAAGAUUGCACCUUAUCUGUAUGCAUUUGUGGCUGGACCCUAUGACUUCAUCGAGACUAGAGAGAGCAUCCCAGGAAGAGACGAGCCACUCUUGAUGAGACUCUAUUUCAGAAAAACGCUCAGAAAAGAUGCUGAAAGAAUCCAAGAAUAUAUGUUUGAUCCAGUUGUUCGAGGAAUCAAAUGGUAUAGUGAGUUCUUUGGAUUCAACUAUCCGUAUGAGAAAUACGACCAAAUCUACUGCCCAGAGUUCAAAUUUGGUGCAAUGGAGAAUGUUGGAACAGUCACUUUCACUGAGAACCUUCUCUACAGGGGAAAAGAGCUCACCGAGGCUGAUAUUACCAGACUUGUAAACGUUGUCCUCCAUGAACUCUGCCAUCAUUGGUUCGGAGAUUUAGUGACAAUGACUUGGUGGAAUGAUCUCUGGCUUAAUGAGUCCUUUGCUACCUAUGUAUCCUUCCUUUGUAUGUCUAAAGAAGAAGAGCUUGCCAAGCAAAGUCCUAACUUGUGGGUUAAUGUCAAUAGUUACAAGAACUGGGGAUAUGCUGAAGACGAUCUUGAGACUGGUCACCCAAUCUGUAAACAAGCUCCUCAUACUGAUUCAGCUGAUGAUAUGAUUAAUGGAAUCACUUAUGGAAAGGGAUGCUCCUUCCUUAAACAAUUGUAUCACCUUAUUGGAUACGAUACUUUCAGUGAAGCUACCAAGAUCUAUUUCAAGCGCCACCAGUGGGGCAAUACUAUCCUGAGCGACUUUUUGAAAUGUCUUGAUGAAGCUAAUGAAAAGUUGCCAAAGGUAACUGAAGGUAUCGUAGUCUCUGAGUGGGCAAGCACUUUCUUGAACACCAGAGGUGCAAAUACUUUCGAUGCAAGCUGGGAGAUCGAUGACCUCGUCAUCACCCAAGAAGUAUCUGAAUUCUCAGAUGGUCUCAGACAACAAAAAAUAGAUGUCUUGUUCUUUAAUGACAAGCUUGAGAUGGAAGUUGGAUCUGUCUUGACUUCAGAGACUGACAAAAGAGUCAGACUUUUGCCAUCUAAGCCAACUAAAUAUUUCCUUUUGAACCACGGAGAUCAUGCUUAUGGAAAGAUUAUCUUGAGUGAUUUCACUAUUGAUUUCUUGCAGAAAAACUUAAGCUCUCUUCCAGAUUCAUUGGACAGAGCUCUUGUAUGGAGAGCUGUUCAAGGAAUGGUUAAGACAAGACAACUAAAGUCAACAAUCUACUUUGACUAUGUUGUUAAUAACAUUGCUAAAGAAGACCAAUCAAUGGUGACUGAGUCGGUCCUUACGACUGCAGGAAUGCUUGUUGGUGCAUAUGUCCCAGACUCUAAAUUCAAGGAUGUCUCUAGUGAUAUGUUUGAAGUACUCUAUAAACAAGUAUUGAUAGAGGAAAGAAAUGAUUUGAAGAAGCUUUUUGUAAAUGCCCUAUUCAGUUUCUUGCAUAAUGAUGCUCAUGUUAAGCAAGCAGUUGCCUGGCUUGAAGCUGGACACAUUCUUAACUCUCAUGGUAACAAAAUCGACGGUACUGAUCUGUCUGCCAACCAGAAACACUCCAUUGUCAAAGCCAUUCACAAGAAGACCAUCUUCAGUGCUGAAGAAAAACAGAAGUUCUUGGACACAGUUCUUGGAGAGGACAAAUCUGAUGUGGCCACCAACUUGAGACUGAGCUGUGAGGCUUUGUUGCCAUGUGCUGAGACAAAGGAAAAGGUAUGGGCUAAGAUCACCAAUGUUGACAGUGGGCUCUCCUCAUAUGAAAGAGCAGCUUACAUGUCAUGAUUCUUCAACAGAGAUUCUGAAAAGAUAGUCAAGCCAUACUUCGAGAAGUUCAUUGCUCAUGUAAGAGAGUGUGCUAACAUCGGUGACAGAAACUACACUGCCCAGUUCAUCACAAAUACAUGCCCAUCAUAUGCUAUCAAUGAUGAUUUCAUCCAAAAGAUGAAGGAUAUUGUCAAAGAUCAUAAAGAGGAUGUCAAGCAUGAGUCAUAUUCCAGAACAGUGAACAAAGUUGUUGGAAGUUUGGAGAUUGGCAAGAAAAUCAAAGAUUUUGCUCUCGAGUAA